AUGUAUGUGCAUGGCGAGAACGUGGAGCAGAUCAUGAAUCAGCAUUCCUUAGUGUUAUGCAUGGAAGACAGCUUCUUACCUAACAUGUCAUCUUUUCAGGCAUCCAUCUCUCUCGCUUGUUGGCAGACAGCCAGCCCUAUGGAUGAACCAUCAUCACCAUGUACCGAAGACAAAAUUCCCAAUGUUGGGAUGUCGUUCAUUUCUGAAAAUAACCUACCAACAAUUGGGGACAUAAAUAGCCCUAUGGAUGAACCAUCAUCUCAAUGUACUGAAGACAAAAUUCCUAAGUUUGGGAUGUCGUUUGUUUCUGAAAAUGACCUUCGAGAAUUUUAUAGAUUGUAUGCACAAUCAAUGGGUUUUGGAGUCCGAAAGUUGGGAACAAGGAAUGGACCAGAUGGAAAACAGAAAUUUUUCUCUAUUGGAUGUGCAAAAAGUGGUUCGUUUACGCCAAGGGGGAAGAAUAUAUUUCAACUUAGACCUUCCACCAAGACCGAUUGUAAGGCCAGGAUCAACAUUGUUGUGAGGAAUGAUUUUGAUUUUCAGAUUAGUAGUGUCAUUCUUCAGCAUAAUCAUCCGUUGAGUCCUUCAAAUUCUAGACAUAUUAGAUCUCACAAGGUUUUAGAUCCAAGUGCGCAGAGAAGAUUGCAAUUAAACGAUGAAGCUGGAAUAACAUUGGCUAAAAGUUUCCAAUCAAUUGUAGUUGAAGCUGGAGGGUAUGAUAAUUUGAAAUUUGAUGAGAGAACAUGUCGGAAUUUUAUCUCAGAAGCUAGGAGGUCGAGGUUAGGAAAUGGUGAUGCUGAAGCUGUUUCUCAUUAUUUCUCCCAGAUGCAAAACAGAUGUUUAAAUUUUCAUUACACCUUUGAUCUUGACGAGGACUCACGUAUGAGGAAUGUUUUCUGGGCUGAUGCGAGAUGCAGGGCUUCUUACGAUUACUUUUCUGAUGUAAUUACCUUUGACACAACGUACCUGACGAACCGCUAUGACAUGCCUUUUGCUCCGUUCGUCGGAGUUAACCAUCAUGGCCAAUCUAUUUUGCUAGGAUGUGGUUUAUUAUCUAGCGAGGAUGUGGCGUCAUUCACUUGGCUUUUUAAGGCAUGGUUGACGUGUAUGCAUGGACGUGCUCCAAAAGCAAUAAUCACCGAUCAAUGUCGAUCGAUGGCUAUUGCCAUUAAAACAGUUUUUCCAAACACCCAACAUCGUUAUUGUCUUUGGCAUAUAAUGAAGAAGCUCCCUACUAAAUUUGGUGCUCACGCUGAAUAUAAAAGCAUUAAGAAGGCGUUGAAUAACAUUGUCUAUAACUCGAUAACAAUUGAAGAGUGUGAAGAGAAUUGGAAGAAAAUGAUACAUGAGUUUCAUUUGGAAAAUAAUGAUUGGCUAAACUCUCUGCACAUCGAAAGACAUAAGUGGAUUCCAGUGUACGUGAGAUGUCAUUUCUGGGCAGGCAUGUCAACAUCCCAGAGAAGUGAAAGCAUCAAUUCGUUUUUCGAUGAUUAUGUUACUUCGACAACAUCUCUGAAGCAGUUUGUUGAGCAAUUUGAUAGAGCACUGAAGAAGAACAUAGAAACUGAAAACAAACUGGAUUUUCAGUCUUUUAAUUCAGUGAUUCCAAUUGUAAGUGGCUAUUCUUUAGAAAUGCAGUUUCAAAGCGUUUACACAAAUGACAUCUUCAAGUUGUGUCAAAACGAAUUCAAAGGGUUAAUGUUUUGUGACACGUCUAUAAUUGAAUACAAUGGCACAACUUAUGUAUUUGGAGUUUCUGAGAGCAUUCUUGGAAUUAAUGGACAACAUUUGCGUGAUUUUUCCUACAAAGUACAGUACAACUCGGUGUUGGUUACUUUGAAAUGUCAAUGUCAAAUGUUUGAGUUUAGAGGACUGCUUUGUAGGCAUAUAUUGGCUGUUUUGAAUAGAAUGAAAGUGAACCAGGUGCCAGCAUAUUAUAUAUUGGACCGUUGGCGUAAAGACUUGAAGAGAGGUUACCAAAUAUUCACCAACAUCUAUGAUUCGGAUAUGAAGUGA